AUGAGCUUGUUCAACCGUUUUCUGGUCACCACGCUGCCACUGGUGCCAAAGCCGAUCGUCGGCUGGGUGGCGCGGCGCUAUGUUGCCGGUGAGACCCUGGAGCAAGCGGUGGAGACCAUUCGCCGAUUGAAUGGCGAAGGCGCCAUGGCGACGGUAGAUCUGCUCGGCGAAGAGAUCGAGGAUCAAGCCCAGGCGACCGCUGCGGUCGAGGAGUACCAGCGGGUCUUGGCGGCGAUCGAAGAGCAUGGUCUCGAUUGCAACAUCUCGGUCAAGCCGACCCAGCUGGGGCUCGACCAAGACGAGUCCUUUUGCCGCGACAACAUCGCCGAGCUGGUGGAACGGGCGGCAGCUCGCGACGGUGGCUUCGUGCGCAUCGAUAUGGAAGAUCGCGAGACCACCGACGCGACGCUGCGAAUCUACCGUGAGAUCCACCGCCGUCAGGACCCCGGACCGCGGGGCCGCGUCGGGGUGGUCUUCCAGGCCUACAUGCGCCGGACCCUGCAGGAUAUCGCCGGUUUGCCCGUUGAAGGCGCCAACGUGCGGCUCUGCAAGGGGAUCUACAUCGAGCCGCGGCAAGCUGCUUGGAAGGGCUACGAAACCGUGCGCCUGAACUACCUGGCGGCGCUCGAGAAGCUGUUGCGUCGUGGGGUCUACGUCGGCAUCGCUACCCACGACGAGUAUCUGGUCUGCGGUGCCGUGGCGUUGAUCGACAGGCUCGGUAUCCCGGCCGACCGCUACGAGUUCCAGAUGCUGCUCGGGGUCGAGGACGAGCUCCGGCGGAUCUUGCUCGACGGUGGUCACCGGCUGCGGGUCUACGUGCCCUACGGCCGCGACUGGUAUCUCUACUCGAUCCGCCGCUUGCGCGAGAACCCGGAGGUCGCCGGCCAUGUGCUGCGCGCCUUCCUGAGCGGCAAGUAG